AUGUCAUUCGAUAUUGACUGGGAGAGUAUCGCGAAUGAUAGCAACAUAAAUUCCCAAUUAUUGCAUUUUCUGAAUGAUAAAUUCUCAUCAAUUGUGCUUCCUGAUUAUCUAAGUGGCCUCAAGGUGGUUAAGUUCUCCUUGGGACACAAAUCUCCCGAGCUCACAAUCAGAGAUAUAGAUCAGCCGUUUGAGGAGUUCUAUUCCGAAAUUGAGCCAAUCGCGCCGCCUAAGCCCAAGCCAGUACCGGUUACACCUCUAAAAGCAUCUUCUAAAGCUCAGUUCGAUGUUUCUCGAAGCCCUUCUCCAGCUAACACCCGGAGAUCAGACAACGAUAUACAGUUUAGCCUUGAUUUCAAACUUGACUCCAACAUAUACAUCGAGGUGGUUUGUAACCUACUAAUCAACUAUCCUACCCACGAGUUUAUCAAGCUCCCCGUUCGCCUGAAGAUCACUGACCUCCAAAUUCACUCUCUAGCAGUGGUGGCAUACGUACAGAAGCAUGUGUUUAUUACCUUUUUGUGCGACAUCGACGAUGAGGACACUGCCCAUCAAUCAGCUGAGGAGGGGCGUCAGGAUUCGCGUAAAUCGUCGGUGUCCGAAAUACCACACACAGUCCUCUCAUCGCGCGACAGGAUAGACAUAAUUCGAAAUCUAAAAAUUGAAGGAGAACUCGGAAGUCAUCAAGACACUCCUUCUCUAAAUCAGGGCUCUAUCUUAAGAAAUAUUGGAAAGAUCGAGAAAUUCCUUGUUGGCGCAAUAAGAAAUAUCCUCAUAGAGGAGCUGGCCUGGCCAAGCUGGAUCGAGCUGGACUUAACCGAGGAUUCUUAA